AUGUACUUCUUCCUGGGGAACUUAUCCUGCUUGGAAAUCUGCUACAUCUCCACCAUACUGCCCAGGCUGCUGGUCAGCCUCCUGACAGGGGACAGAACCAUCUCUGUUACGGGCUGCGUGGUUCAGUUUUAUUUCGCUGGCUUCCUAAUUAUUGCUGAAUGUUAUAUGUUAGCUGUGAUGUCUUAUGAUCGGUACUUAGCAAUAUGUAAACCUCUGCGCUAUGCAACACUUAUGAAUGCCAGGUUCUGUAUGCAGCUAGCAGCUGGAUCUUGGUUAAUUUCACUCAUUUUUCUAUCCAUAUUAAUAUCUUUUAUGGCACAAUUAGCCUUCUGUGGCACCAAUGAAAUUGAUCAUUUCUUCUGUGAUCUCACCCCAGUCACUAAUCUCUCCUGCAGUGACACUUCUCUGGUUACUCUGGCGACCCUCAUUUUCACUUCCAUAAACAUGAUUGUUCCACUCCCUUUGACUCUGGCAUCUUAUGUUUAUAUCAUCUCCACCAUCCUGAGAAUCCCGUCCACCACUGGGAAGCAAAAGGCCUUUUCCACGUGCUCCUCUCAUCUUAUCGUGGUGACAGUUUUCUAUGGAACACUAAUAACUGUCUACAUGUUACCAAACACAGGGGCCCUGAGAGCCCCAAAUAAAGUGCUUUCAUUCUUUUACACUGUCUUGACACCCCUGAUCAAUCCCUUCAUCUACAGCCUGAAAAACAAAGAGAUCAAUGAAGCUCUGUGGAGAAUUCUGCCAAAAUGGUCUUUUGACACAGACACAGACCAUGAGGGGAAAGAGCAGAUUUCCUCUGAGAUUCGAAUGUUCAUGGCAUCAGCUUUGGGAUUACACAGUUUUAACAAACCACACAGCAUUAAUUCCCUUGUGAAGGUGCAUGACAACUCUCUGUUCCAAAACCCUGUGCAAAGCCUGAGUGUGAAAGAAUACAACUCCGAUCUCAGUUUGCGAGUGAUCUAUGUAGUCACUAUGGCUGUGAACAUCCUGAUUGCUGCACUGGUUGUGACUGAUCACCGCCUUUACACCCCCAUGUACUUCUUCCUGGAAAAUUUGUCCUGUUUGGAAAUCUGA